AAUCAUUCAGAAAUAUUUCCUAAUAACCCAAUGCUCAUGUGUAUCUGCGGUAGUUCCGGUUCUGGGAAAACUCAUCUCACUUUUAACAUGUUGACAACACCAAACCUUUUAGAUUUCGAUUCUCUGUAUAUCUACAAAACAACACCAGAGCAAUCGUAUUAUCAAUUUCUCAAAGCUUUAGAAUAUCUACCAAAGAAAGAUGUUCAAGACCUAUUUCAAUAUUACGAAGAAGAAGUGGAAAUAAAAGAUAUCAUAGAUAACUACAUCGAAGCAAAGAAUCCAACGGAUAUAAAAGUUUUUCUUACGAAAAAUGUUAAUGAUCUAGACUUGUCUAAUAUUGAUAGCAAACGAAAGAACUUAAUAUUGUUUGACGACUGCGUAGCGCAAAGAAAUCAAGCUGUUCAACAAGAAUUCUUCACGAAGGGAAGACAUCACAACUGUCACUGCAUAUACCAAUCCCAAUCUUUUUACGGGAUGGAUUCUAUGUUCAUUAGAAAAAAUGCAAAUUGUUUUUUAUUAUUUGAAUUAAACGAUAAAGAUUUAUCUCAAAUCAUUCAGUCGAUAAAUCACGGAAUGGACAGAGAUGCAUUUAAAAAGGUUUGUAAAGGUCAAUGGAGA